AUGUCGAUGAUGAUUGUGGUAAACAACAUCAGCAAAAGUACUUCUUGUACUUUCUUUCUUCUCAUUAUAACUAUUACAAUUGCGUCAACUUUUGAUCUCGAUGAGCUGAUGUAUGAUGAUGACGAGUUAACAGAUAUAUGGAAACGAAGUAAUGCGGAACUUAUUAAUGGAUUAAUUGGAAUGGAUUUAAAAAAACUUGCAAAAGCUGGUAAAAGAAGUAUAUCAACAGUGGUAGCAAACGAUAAAAGUGUCCGCAACCGUCAACGAUUUAAUAAUGUGAACUUGAAAAAAUUCUUAUCAAAUCGGCGUUUUCGUUAA